AUGCAGCUGAAGAGAAUCGAAUACUUCCUCAACUGUUCCGGCCGCCGGCAUCACAAGUCUUGUCCGGUGAAUCAUCCGAUCAAAACAGCGUACAGAGCCGACGCCGGGAAAUGCCCGGAGUACUUCCGAUGGAUCCACGAAGAUCUGCGGCCAUGGAAGGAAAGUGGGAUCACAAGAGAGAUGGUAGAAAAUGCUAAAAGGGAAGCAAAUUUUAGGCUUGUGGUAGUGAACGGGAAAGUUUACAUCGACAAGUAUCGACUGGCUUAUCAAACGAGAGAUGUGUUCACGAUUUGGGGGAUUCUACAGCUUCUGAGGCUGUAUCCCGGCCGGCUGCCGGACUUGGAUCUGAUGUUCCAGUGCAACGACCAGCCGUCCAUGUUGAAGAGCGAGUACGAGGGAGAGCAUGCCACUCCGCCACCGCCAUUGUUCCAUUAUUGCCGGAACGAUUCUACCUUGGACAUCGUCUUCCCUGACUGGUCCUUCUGGGGUUGGGCUGAGAUCAACAUCCCGCCAUGGGAAACCUUGAAGAAGGAGCUGGAAGGAGGCAACCAUCUGAUAAAGUGGAAGGACAGGAAGCCCUACGCCUACUGGAAAGGCAACAUCUUCGUCGGCAAUGCCAUGAGAAGAGACCUCGCCAACUGCAAUGUCACCGACAGCCAAGACUGGAAUGCUCGGAUCUAUGACCUGGUAAUCAAGAAACGAAACCCUAGCCCUAGCUUAAUUCAUUCUCCGAAUCAUUAAUUUCUACGAAUACAA